AUGUUGUACCUUUCUCUACUAGCUAUAUAUGCCAGUUGCCAUAGCACAGCUCCGUCAACCCACCGUUGGAUCUCAUCCACGCCCCAUCUCAGCGCGUCAUGGAUGGACAAGAUUAAAGGGUUGUUCACUGGAAGCUGGGGCGUCGCUUCCGCCGAGACCUCUGAUUCAUUCACCCUUAUACGGUUUGUGGAGAAGAUGAACAAAGCCAAAAAGUUGAAGCAGUUCGUGGUAGGGAAGGGCAGCGAGGCCAAGUUCGCUGACACCUUCGAGAAGUAG